UAGGUGAAGGAUGGCGCCAGGCUUGUGCCCUGGAUGGCUGGCAGACUGCGCCCCAGCCCAGCGGCCGGGGCGGGAGAGGGUCUCGCCCUGGAGGUUUCGUGCUCAGCUCCGCUUCCUGACCGCCUGCCUGGGAACCGGAAAAGGCAGUUGAAAAGUGGCAGGGAGGGGUGCAGCCUACACCCCGGAAGGGGGGCCGUGCGAUCCCUUCUCUACGGGGGACGGGUUGGAACCUCGAGCCACUGGAACCUGGAAAGACCUGGUCAAUCGUAAACUUUCGCUCCGAUCACGUUGAAGUGCUUGGUUGAGAUUUCAGCCUUUCUUCUUUAAACUUCUUUUCAGUAACAUCAGCUUAGAGUUGGGGCUGAAAAGUUGUUCUGUGCCGGAAAAAUGGAAUUUUUCCUUUGGAAAAUGUCAGCCUUCUGAAACACUGACUGGUUGGUUGGUUUGUUUUUCCUCGACAUUAUUUUCAAGCUGGGAAAUUCGUUGCACCUGACCCUGUCUCACUAACUGGCUUUUUUUGGAUGCCAAAACAAUUCACUGAACAAGUCCCAACCAGCGCUAAUCACUGCUCCUGCUGUCCAGCUGGGGAAACUGAGGCAUGGGGCAGCUAAAUGCCUUGCCUAAACUCAGGGGCAGAACCAGAAUAAAACCCAGGUCUUCUGACUCCCAGCCUGCUGCUUUAUCUCCUGGACAACAUCCAGAGCCUGGUUGCCCCACGGGGCAACGCUGCCCAUCAGAAUCCAUUUGUUUCUGGGGGGCAUCUCCACAGCUGGGCGGUGAAAGGGUUAAGACUGGAUGUGGGUGGCUUUGUUUGAACCACCCCCCUGCCAGUUGGCUCCCUGCGAGGGCUCAUUAAGCUAGCCCUCUGCCCCCCCUGCCCAGGAAGAUUAAUAAUUCAGGCGGACUCCUGAGAGCCAGUAGUCGCUCAGCUCUCCCCUCCCUCCCUCUCUCCUCCUCUUCUCUCUCUCUGCCUCUCCCCUCCCGUCUCCACCACUCACUGUGCAGCGGGGAUGGAGCAGGGCUCAGGAGCUGUCUAACUCGGCUGGGGGACGGGGCGCAGCCUCACUCGCUGGGGAGCAGAGGGAGAGACCCUGCUGGGCUAAGCCAGUAUCUGCCUGGGCUGGAAGAGGGGGGGACCACGCCGCACGGUUCUCCCUGCGUUCAGUUCAGGGGGCAAAGAGAGACGUGGACUUGGAGACUCUCCUGGGAAGUGGGAGAGAGCGACGGUGCGAUGGACCCCAAGGACCGCAAGAAGAUCCAGUUCUCCGUCCCGGCGCCCCCCAGUCAGCUGGACCCCAGGGCAGUGGACAUGAUCCGCCGCCGGAGGCCCACGCCCGCCAUGCUCUUCCAGAUGUCAGAGCACUCGUCCCCAGAAGAGGAUUAUUCCCCAUACCAGAGAACGCUGGGCGAGGGCCACCUGCUUAAAACAAAGAGGACCAACCCGUGUGUCUACACGCCUCCCUCUCUUAAAGCCAUGCAGCGCAUAGUGCAGUCGCACCUGGAGGCCAGCAGCGGCCUGGAGGACGAGGAUGCUGCCGAGCAGGAGGACAGCUCCGAAGGGGAGGCCGAGGACGACAAGUCGUGCGACCCAGACGACAUCGACUCCGAGAUCCCCGGCCCGUGUGAACUAGAGAGCAGCGUCGCUCCUGGAGCCCAGGCGAUGAAGGAGCUGCCUCUGGCACCUGAGGUACCAGCAGCCCGUCCCAAGCCAGUUCUGCCAAAACAGCACUCCGCCCCGGGAAAUGAGACCAAGGCAUUUGAACCCCGUAUCUCUCCAGCUGUCAUCAAAUCACACAAAAGGAAAGGUGGCCAGAAAGUGUCCUUUGCUGGCGGGAUAGCGGAACUCGGGGAUGAGCUGAACUCACUUGCUGAAUGGGAGAAACCUGAAGCUACUGAAGGAGACGGGACCAAGGCCCAGGAUCCGGAUCCAGGGCAGGACAGUCCUUCCCCGAGCGAACACAUCAAGGAGCGGAGACAUGUUGGCUUUGCAGAGAGACCUCCGCGCUCUGUGAACGUAGAGAACUGCUCCACCACCUCCCCGCUGGGAGGCACCAGUUAGCCUGGGUGGCGGAAGGAAGAUGGAGGAAGCCGUCCCACAGGUGGAACGCACUCAUCUUCCCGUUUCACGUUAUGGAUUCUCUUUCCUUAACAGCCUCAUUUACUUUAUUCCCCCCUCCCCCUUUCCUUUCUCAUCUUUCUGAUUUUCCCAUCACCUGCCAAUGGUUGGCUUGUUUCUGUUAAGUGAAUGUAGUGGUGGCAAAAGGUGGCAGCUGGACAGAUGUUUGAAAGUCUCUGCAUGUCCAUCUAGAUGAUAGAGAUGGGCAUGUCCUCUUGCCGUGGGGCAUCUAAUCCAUCCCAGGCCCGGAGGCUACUGCAAGAUUUCCCCUAUUCUCCAUUUACUAGUACUCUGUCCUAUCCGUCUAACUGUGCCAAACAAUGGGGCUUCCACCCCUUCGCUUAGGAGACAAUCGCACGUCCCAGUGCAGUACAGGUGGCAGCAAAGCAAGCUUCCCCGUGUCUUCAGCCCUAAAGAAAGGCCCUUCCUUUGGACCGUUCAGUCUUUUUGGUCCAUUCAGUCCUUGCCCUUUUUGCUUGAGCCUGCUAAAAGUGUGGGGGAGGGGCAAUUAGUGUCAGUGAUGGUGGUGCAGGGGAGGUGGAGACCCUGCCCACCAGGAACAGACCUGAGACUCACAAGUCUUGGAGUUGUUCUAGCAAGAGCUGCCCUAGGGUGUGAAAUCCUGGCUUGUGUGGAAGGGUUUGUGGGUGCAUGCACGUGCAAAGCUGGGCAAGAAUUCCUUCCUUCCAGCAGGGAGACGAUCUCGUCUUUAUCUCCACUGGUUUGUAUAUUUCAUUAAAGCAAACCAGUCCUUAGCUUCUCUGAAAGACCACAGAGCAAGAGAGGAACACGGGAGCAAACUCCAGCUCCACGUGGCAGGGGGAAGCCCAGUGGUACUAGGGGAGUGCUGAGCAGAGGAGAAAGCUUGAAGAUGAUUCCACCCACUAGCGCAUCUCCACGACUUUCAGCGGAGCGGAGUCUGAGUGCAGGGGCACCGAACACAGGGGAGAUAGGUCAGGUGGGAUUACUUUACAAUUAAAAUGUGAAAUGGCACUGGAGGGUUGAACAGAGGUGGAGCCAAACCAUAGUGUUGGUUCACCAGCCCUGGAGACUGAGCCCUCUAGUUUAUAUCCUAGGGCAGACAGGGUCAAACUUCCCCCACCAACGUGCCUCAAGCUCAAUCUGUAGCAAGGACCCUGGCUCGGAUCCUCAAAGUUUUGGAGGUACCUAAUUCCCCUAGAGCCCCCAUCUCUAGUGAGGACGAAGGCCUCCCACUCAAUCCUUGGCUUCCAGGCUGAUGCUGCCUAAGAAAAGAGGCCAGUCUGUGCCAGUGAGGGUAAUUUUUGUCAUGUGGCCACUUAUCUCCUGGGACCUGAGCCAAGAACCCACUAACUUGUUUCACAGGAGCCACCACACAGCUUACAGUGGCUAGUGGCUUGAGCUGGAUUUGAACCAGCCCCUUGGGUGGGAACGUUAACAUGGAACAUGCAAGAAGUUCCUGUUUGCCAAAUCCAGAAUGCUGUUUUCCAUGGUUAUAUCAUCCCUAAUGGGGACUACGAGCAAGAGGCAGCUUCUUAGUCUAGUUUAGGUCUCUCUCUCUCUCUCUGUACUCUUUGAUCCUGUAUUGAGCAUCGCCCCUUCCGUGCACCUCAUUGCGGUAAUAAAGCUUUGUAAA